AUGCUCCUGUCCAACAUGACGGACUCUGCAGCUGCAGGAGUUCCUCUCUCUGUGGACUUCAGCAGUCUUGAGGACUACUUCAUCUUCAUCUUCCAGAUUUUGUUCGCCACCACCACCGUCCUGAUUGCAGGGACGGUGGUGAUCGGGAUCUCGGCCACCAGAGCGCUCCGCCUUCAGAACCGCUUCAUUUUCAUGCUAAACACCAGCAUCUGUGACACUCUGGUGGGCUUCUCUGUCUAUUAUCUGGGCCUGUUUGAUGUUCAGGAGGGCUAUCCAUCCAGAAACGGGACAUAUAAUGUGUUGCCAUCACUUUUAGGGGUCAACAUUCUAACCUUUCUGUUUGCUCAGUUUGACAGGUAUUUUGCUGUAUGCUAUCCAUUUGUCUACAGCCGCUUCAUAACAAGGCAGGUUGUGAUAGGAAUAAAUGUCUACUGCUGGCUGUACAACGCCACUCACCUGCUGGCCAGGAACCUGCUGCCAGUCUCCAAAGCUAUACAGCUGUAUGUGUUCAGUAUAGUCUUCUUUCAGCUGAUAGUGCUCACCAAAGUGGCCAUGACAAUCAAACUUUAUGUUGUAGCAAAGUAUCAGCUGGAAAGGGAGCCCCCAGGUCCAGAGAGAGAGAGCAAGAGGGAGUCUCUGAAGAUCAUUAUUUUUGUUGUGAUAAGCUUCCUGGUAUUGUGGUGCCCCUCUUUUGUGAAUAUUGCCAUAAAGUUCUUUACAGGAGGGGGGCUGACAUUCAGAAACGAAGCCACGAACCUUUUUGCAAUCCUGGCUCGUUUUAAUGCUGUGUGCACUCCGUCCGUUUACAUGUGGGGGAGCCCGGCCCUGCGGGAGGCCACAGUGAGGACGGUGUGGGGGCGGCUGUGCCCCCGGUGCAGCAGGAGAAAGUAA